UCCUUGAGACAUGGCAGCCUCUGUGUUCUGCUGCCUGCGGUGCUGCAGAAAUGGCGGGACGGGCCACAUCCCUCUGAAGGAGAUGCCGGCCGUGCAGCUGGACACGCAGCACAUGGGAACAGAUGUUGUCAUUGUAAAAAAUGGAAGAAGAAUAUGUGGAACAGGAGGUUGUUUAGCCAGUGCACCUUUACAUCAAAACAAGAGCUACUUUGAAUUCAAAAUCCAGUCCACAGGAAUCUGGGGUAUUGGCGUUGCAACCCAGAAGGUUAACUUGAAUCAGAUCCCUCUUGGCCGAGAUGUGCACAGUCUGGUGAUGAGAAAUGAUGGCGCCCUGUACCACAACAACGAGGAGAAAAACAGGCUGCCAGCAAACAGCCUUCCACAGGAGGGAGAUGUGGUGGGUAUUACAUAUGACCAUGUAGAAUUAAAUGUGUAUUUGAAUGGAAAAAACAUGCAUUGUCCAGCAUCAGGUAUACGAGGGACCGUGUAUCCAGUUGUUUAUGUUGAUGACAGUGCAAUUUUGGAUUGCCAGUUCAGUGAAUUUUAUCAUACUCCUCCACCGGGUUUUGAAAAGAUACUAUUUGAACAGCAGAUCUUCUGAAUGUAUUUGUUUUUGAAACUUGUAUUUCUGCGCUGUUUAAAGUGUUUACCAUUUAAUAAAGCUUUAUUUGACCUAUAGAUGAAAAUAUAUUCUUAAAAAUAUGCCUGUUAAUAUUGUCUAAGGAACCAAUGUAUACAGUAUAUCACCCUGAAGUUGUGAUUUAAAAUACUUAACGUUUUGUGAUAUGAAAUCAGCGUUUGGGGCACUUUAUUUAAUUCUUAUUUAAAUAAAUAUAAGUAUGGGUUUGGUUAACAGUAUUAAGUGGAAAAAUGCACAUAGAUUUAAAAGGGAAUCUUUCUUAUGUAAAAUAUUUGUUUUGAUAGAGAUGUAGAGUGGGGUGGGUUUUUUGGUCGUUCUGAAGUUUAGACCUCACUAAUAAUUUUAAGUCUACAGUACAAUAAUUUUGUGUCUCAGUGUCUUUUUUAAAUAUAGUAUAACAAGUGACAUAUAUUAUUGGCAACUUCAUUUUUGGCUAUUUAUUUGCUAUAAAAUGUAUUACUUUUCUUAACAUUUUAAUUGCUUAUUUUGUCUGUAUGUCAUUGCUUUUAAUUUUCUUUGUGAAAGGAGCUAAAUGUUGUAGUAAUUGUCAGAGCAUUUUGUUGAAGACCUUCAUGCCUCUUUACUUCGAUACCUGAGUAAGUAGUGGUUGAUUGGUGAUGUGUACACGGCAAACGUUAGAAUAGUAUAAUGCUUUAAACAUAAAUGUAAAUGAGAUUAUUCUUUUAAGGACUUUUAUUUAAAUGUGCAUUUUUCUGUAAAGAAUAAAAUAAUAGUAAUUAAGGAAUAUUCAGUACUAUAUUAAAUAUAUGUCCUUCCUGUUUCGUUAAUUAUACAGUAAAUUCAUUUCACCCUUGAUUAUUUCAGAAGUUCAUAAAUAAGUGAAUCCUCUCCAUGACCCUGAGCCUUUGCCUAGUUUUCAGGAAGAAUCCCUGUUCUUUAGAUAACACCCCACUUAACUGAAUGAAUGAUUGUACAUAUCUUUGGUACAAUCUCCUUUCCAGAUGAGCGUGCCAGCGACACGUACACCUCGCUCUUCUAUCAACAGGGAGCUGUGUGUUGUACUAGAAGAACGUGGCUUUAGGAUCAAGGGAGAUUUGAUUUGUAGUUUUGCCACUUGAUCCCUUUGUCUCUUCAGGCAAGUUCCUCAGUCUCUCUGAGCACAGGUUCCCCAUAUAUAAAAGGGAUAAUCAUACCUGCUUGGUAAGAUUCUGUAACUGGUUAAGUAAGGUAACAUGGGUAGGACACCUUCAUUACCAUAGGCACUUAAUGAAUGUAGUAUCUUUGUUGACCCUGCUCAGUGGUUUUCAUAGUGUGGCCUCAGACCAGCAGCAGCAGCGUCCCCUGGAAACUAGUUGGACGUAGACGCUCUCGGGCCCCACCCCAGACCCACUGAAUCAGAAACUGCUGGGAAUAGCAGGAAUAUGUGGUUGAACAAGCCCUUCAGGUGAUUCUGAUCCACGCUGAAGACUGAGAGCCACUGCUUGGGAGAGAAUUCUUUGAGAAUGAUUGCCUGCUAUAAAUUUUCUAAGGAUUUAAGAUUAUUUUUGACCCAUAGACAAGAGAAUACUACACAAUAUUUAUUGUUCAUUUGGUAGACAGAAACAUGACAGUUUGUUUUGAAAACGUAGAUAUAUUUAAGUAACAUUUAUUUACAUAAAUCCCAGAUUUACUUCUGUAGAUAUAUAGACUUGAACUAACUACAUUAUUUACGCAUUUUUGUCUGACUUGCUGACUUAGUAAUUUUAAUUCAUAAAGAACAUGCUUACUUGGGAAAGAGAAUAUGACUACUGUUUGCUCUCUUUAUAAUGUUAUCUACCUCUUAGUUGUUUUUUUAAAGCCCACCUUUUUUUUAAAUCAUCAUUCUUUUCUCAAGACUAUCUUUGCUACCUCUAAUCAUUCAGACUAGGAAAAGUACCAAAAAUGGUACAUGAGUUAUGUCCAUGGCAACAGUUUGAUGAUAUCUAGAUAUGUUUUUAAUCUGUAGGUAUCUAAUUUCUCUUAGGAAAAUUACCUAUAACUUCAGUCUAAUCUUGAGAAAAAUAUCAGACAAAUUCCAGUAGAGGGGCAUCCUACAAAAUACUUGAGCAGCACUCUGGACUGUCAAGGUCAUCAGAAACAAGGAAAAUCAGAGAUACUGUCACGCCCAAGGGGAGCCCAAGGGGACAUGACAAGUCAAUGUCAUAUGUGAUCCAGGAGCAGAAGGACAUUAGGUAAAAACUAAGCAAAUCUGAAUAAACUAGGCUUUAGUUAAUAAUGCUAUAUCAGUAUUUGUUUAUUUGUACAUUUGUUACAACAGAUGUACCAUAAUAAUGUAAUAUGUUAAUAACAGGAGAAACUGGGAGAGGGGAUAUGUGGGAAUGCUCUGUACUAUCUUCUCAAUUUUUCUGUAAAUCUAAACUGUUCUAAAAAAAAAAAUAAAAUCUAUUAAAAAGAAACUA